CUCCCGCAGCGCCACCAGCCAUGCGGCAGCCGCUCUACCGCUGCUACAACACCACCUCCGUGGAGAAGGGCAACUCGGCGACCAUGGGCGGGGUGCUCUUCAGCGCGGGCCUCCUGGGCAACCUGCUGGCGCUGGGGCUGCUGGCGCGCUCGGGGCUGGGAUCGUGCCCGCCGCGCACGCCGCCCUCGGUCUUCUACGUGCUGGUGUGCGGCCUGACGGUCACAGACUUGCUGGGCAAAUGCCUCGUGAGCCCCUUCGUGCUGGCCGCCUACGCGCAGAACCGGAGCCUGUGGGGACUGGCACCCGCGUCGGACAGCUCGCUGUGCCAAGCCUUCGCCUUCUUCAUGUCUUUCUUUGGGCUCGCCUCCACCCUGCAGCUCCUGGCCAUGGCACUGGAGUGCUGGCUUUCCCUGGGGCACCCCUUCUUCUACCGACGGCACAUCACCCUGCGCCGCGGCGCGCUGGUGGCGCCGGUCGUGGGCGCCUUCUGCCUGGCUUUCUGCGCGCUGCCUUUCGCGGGCGUCGGAAAGUUCGUGCAAUACUGCCCCGGCACCUGGUGCUUCAUCCAAAUGGUGCACGAGGAGCGCUCGCUGUCGGUGCUGGGCUACUCGGUGCUCUACGCUAGCCUUAUGGCCCUGCUGGUCCUCGCCACCGUGCUGUGCAACCUGGGCGCCAUGCACAACCUCUACGAGAUGCACCGGCGGCUGCGGCGGCGCCCGUGCCCGGGCACCAGGGACCGCGCGGAGCUGCGCGCCCGCGAGAGGGAGGCGGCCGCGCAGCCCCUGGAGGAGCUGGACCACCUGCUGCUGCUGGCCCUCAUGACCGUGCUCUUCACUAUGUGCUCCCUGCCUUUAAUAUAUCGUGCUUACUAUGAAGCAUUUAAAGCAGUCAAUGAGAAAAACAGAGCCUUCGAAGAAAUGGAAGACCUCCGAGCCUUGCGUUUUCUAUCUGUAAUCUCCAUUGUGGACCCUUGGAUUUUCAUAAUUUUCAGAACACCGGUAUUUCGGAUGUCUUUUCACAAGAUUUUCAUAAGGCCUCUUAUGGACAGAAAUUGGUAUGGUAAUUCCUGCCGAACAAACAUGGAAUCCAGCCUGUGACAGUGUUUUACCACCCAGUCUCUGUGGUUUGUUUCUCUGGCUGAAUCCUGACUGGUGACUGCAUGGGGAAAGAACACCAUACUGAAAGCCAG